AUAAAAUGUUCCAGUCAGAUGAUGCGAACAUAUGUUACAGUCAAUUAACCUUCACGGAUUAAUCGACUGUAGCAUAGGAGUGAAAUAUAGUACAUAGUCGGCAAUGUACUAUAUACAUAUUAUUAGAUCAUUGGUGAAUGUACAUUAUUGGAGCCAGAGUUCUAGUCCCAGGCAAUAUAUGUAGAUCUCCAAUCGCAGAAGGAGUUUUCCAACAUAUCACUAAAGAAAAAGGAUUGAGUUCCCAAUGGAUGGUAGACAGUGCGGCAGUUGCAGGUUACCAUAUCGGAAAAUCUCCCGAUCACAGAGCCCUUCUAACAAUGAAAAAUCAGGGGAUAUCAUAUAAUAAUAAAGCUCGUCAGGUCAGUCAAAAAGAUUUCGAAACUUUUGAUUUCAUCUUUGGCAUGGAUGAAGAAAAUAUUUCAGAUUUGAAAGGAAUGGCGAAUCAAAAUCCAAACUGCAAAGCCACAAUUGGUCUCCUUGGCGAUUAUGAUCCAGAAGGAGAACGAAUCAUUAGAGAUCCUUAUUAUGAUUCUGGUGCUGAAGGUUUCAAGAAAUGUUACCAACAAUGCUUGAGAUCUUGUACAGCAUUUCUUGAGCAACAUUCAUGAGAGUUUCAUACUUUUGAAUUUAGAUUGAAUGGAAGCAAAAGUUUUGUAAAAUGGUAAACUAAUAAAAAAUAUGCAAAAUCUU